UUUUAUAACGCCUUAUAUUUUUAAAUAAUGACAAAUAAGCGUGGAUUUAUGUCUUGGAUAGGGUUAUUACUAAGCUUUGUGGGCAUGGCAGGACUUGUGUUAUCUAUCCUUUCUCUAUUACCACUGAACGGAUACAAUAUCUAUACAACUACAAUGACAGUACUGAGAUUAGUUGAAUUUGAACAAGACAAUGGAGAGUUUUCUCAAGAUGCAAAAUUAUACUUGGUGUUUCUAGGAGGAUCCUUUUUUUCGAGUGUCAUGGAGAUGGUCGCUACUUUAGCUGCCUGUUGUCGAAGGGAUACAGCAGAAACGGAUCAAGAAAGUUGUCAGACCAGCCAUAGAAAGACCAGCAAAUCCUGGUUCAUUCGAAUCAUAUGCUUUACUUUAUUAAUACAAAUUAUCUUUUCGUUAUUUGGCACGCAUCUUAUAUACAAGCUGGAAAAAGAUGCAAUUCCUGUAGAUAUUCAACACAACAUAUUCAUAUCAUGUGCUAUACUGUGGAUAAACUAUUUAUCCCUGACAGUAUUUUCCUUCAUUUUAUUAUUUGCAUCAUUCUGUAUCUUGAUUGGUACCUCAAAUCAACAAAAGAAAAGUGCCCAACAAGACGAGGAAACAAGGCCCUUCAUUCUCAUUUAAAUUUAAAAUUCAGACGAUGGACUUUGGUGGUAUUUUUUUUUUUUUUUUU